GGGGCCGCUUCCGCCGGGGGAACGGAUGUGCCAGGGGCGGGGCGCGGGGAGUGGCAGCACGGGCGGACACCGCGUGGAGGAAGGCACUUUGAAAGCUGGGGACAUCUGUGAUGCACAUCCGUUUGACAAAGAAGGCAUCAGCUUUUCCUAGACACUUUACAAAACUAAGUGGAUUGAAAAAGAAAAAAAAUGAAAGGCGAAGCAUCUGCAGAUGAUUUUCAAGUCCAGGAUUUUGUCAAGAAGAAAAAAAAGAAGAAGAGAAAACACAGUGAGUCCAACAACACACAUGAAAAUGCUGAAACUGUGGAAGAUCCAGAGAUCAGCCAGGCUUCCCUGGUGCUCUUUGAGGAUGCAGCAGCACAGGGCAGUGAGAACAGGAAAAAGAAGAAAAAACAGAAAAAAAAGGAUGAAAAGCAGCAGACUUUGAUGGAUAAUUACAUUGUGAGGGUGGAACCUGAAAUCAGCAAUGGGACAGGAGCAGCUGAUUCCCCGAGGAAGAAGAGGAAGAGGAAGGGUCAUGACAGCACUGAUGAGCUCAGUGAUGUCACCUGUGUCCUCGUGAACCAGGACAGCAGCCAGGAGAGUGCUGCUGAUUAUGUUUAUUUUAAAAAACACAAGAAGAAAAAGAAAGAGAAGCAGCCUGAAGCAGAUGAGGUGUGUGAGCUGCCUUCCUCUGAGGAACACAGCCAGGGCCACAAAGAGAAACCCAAAAAGAAGAAGAAGAAGAAGAGGAGAGAGGGCAGUGGGCAGGAUGUGCAGGAGGACACAGAGGGGGCAGCUGAGCAGCCACUGCUGCCACCCUCAGAGCAGGGCAAGGGACACAAGGAGUGGCCUUCACCUGCAGGUGAGGAUGGAGAUGGUGAUGCUGAUUCUGCCAUCACUGAAGGCUCCAUGGAGCUCCCUACUGAUUUUUCUACACCCACUAAAGCAGCUGAUCAAGCUAAAAAGAGUCUAGCACGUGCUAAAAAGGCCCUAGCAUGUGCUAAAAAGGCCAUAAAAAGCAGCACUUAUGUCAGAGAAGAAGAAAGCUCCUCAGAGUCUGAUGAGAUGACACCAAAGACCCCAGCAUCACAUGAAGAGAAGCAACAGAGCAAUUCCUUUACUGAACUGGCAGCCCCUGAUGAGGUCAGUGUGGAUGGAGAAGAAGUCCUGAACCUUGCCAUGACUUCAAUCAUAGAUUUAGAUACUGCAAGACAAGAACUGGAAGAGUUUAUUCCUCAUAUCAAGAAUAUAUCAGACAAUUCAAUCAAGAAAAUGGCUGGAAGAGACCUAACAAGGUUUAAGGAGUUUAAAAAGCAGGGUAUUGCUGUCAAGUUUGGCAGAUUUACCCAGAAGGAAAAUAAACAAAUCCAGAAAAAUGUUGAAGAGUUUUUAGCACUUACUGGAAUAGACAGUGCUGAAAAACUUUUGUUUACCUCGAGGUAUCCAGACGAUAAAGACACCAUCUAUCGCCUGAAAGCAGAACACCAUUUUUGUGAAAAAAUCUCUGAGGGCAUACCCCGGCCCUGGAGGCUGAUAUAUUAUCGAGCAAGGAAGAUGUUUGACCCAAAUAAUUAUAAAGGAAGGUAUACUAAGGAAGAAAAAGAAAAAUUAAAGCAGUAUCAAGCUGUGCAUGGCAAUGAUUGGAAGAAGAUUUCUGAGUUGAUGUCCCGUUCUAACCUCUCAGUUGCUAUGAAAUUCUCUGAAAUCAAGUCAGCUAUUAACUAUGGUGCUUGGACAAAGGAAGAGACCCAGAAGUUAACAAAUGCAGUGAAGGAGGUGCUGAGGAGAAAACUGGAAACAGAAAAUUCAGAUUCUCUGUCAGUGGAACAGUCAGACACAGAUCUCUGGAUUGCCCGUGAGAAGCUGUACCAGGCACUGCCAUGGACUGAGAUUGAAGCCAAAGUGGGAAGUCGAUAUUGGAGACAAUGCAAACAGAAAUGGAAUUCGAUUUUAACAAGAAAACUGAGCAGAGGGCAGAAUUUGUACAGAGGGACCAAUGGAUUAAGGGCCAAGAUCAAUCUGAUUAAAAGGUUGUAUGAAACAAAUGCAGAGGAUGCCAGUGAAAUCAACUGGGAUGAACUCAGUAAUGCUAUUGGAGAUGUUCCUAGAACCUAUGUUCAAACAAACUUUUAUAGGCUAAAAGUGUCCUAUGUCCCUUUAUGGAAAAGAAAGACUUUUUCUGAAAUUAUUGAUUAUCUGUAUGAAAAGAAGCUCCCAGAAUUUGAAGAAAGGUUAAAAAAAGAAGAGGAGAAAUGCCACAGCUUUAGCAAUUCAGCAGCCAGUCAGCAGCAGCAGCUUUUCAGAUUCAAUGACAUUUUUGAUUCUGGUGAAGAGGAUGAUUAAUUGAUUGUCCUAAAAGCAAUGCCUAAUUUGCAUAUUUAACUGGAAGUGGGUCUGGUUGAAAGUGGGUGCAGCUCAGCACCUGCAAGUACCCAGGCUGUUGGUAAUGGGAAAAGUCAGGACAGGCACCUCUGAUUGUCUUGUUUUAUCUUGGAUUGAGCUUUUAUGCCACCUUUUAUUUAAUUUAUCUCUGGUUUUAGAAAUUCUUGUGUAAGCAUCCAAGUUGCUUUCUAAAUGUCUCAAAAUAUUUUUUUUUUUCUGUGGAGUUGAAAGCUGCUGUUUUCUCUUUAUGAGUGAACUUGGUUUUCUUAACUUUAUUUUUUUUAAAUUCAUGGUAUUGGAAAAAGGUUUACAGUUGGCUUUUAAAUCUCUGUAAUAAUCAGGUCUUGAGACAUCUGUGUUGAUGGAAAACAGCACAACUUUUGAGUUGGUUUUUUAACAGAUAUCUUACUAUUAAGAGCAACUGAUUUUAUUUUUGAUGCAGACUUACACUUCUCUCAACCCUUCUAGAGAAAAAGGACUUUUGUCCAUUACUAUUCACCAUUUCAUGCUAACUAAAACAAAUAAAAUGUUAUAAUUAAUAUUUGGAAUCCAGAGACAAAACAGUGUAUAUAUAUAUAUGCAUACAUAUAUAUUUUUAUUUUGCACGGAGAAUUUUUACAUUUUAGUAAGAAAAUUAAGCAAUAAGUUGGGGGUUGUACUCAUGUUUUGUAUUAUACUUUUAACUCUCUGCCUGAAGUCAUUAUUUGUAAAGCAACUGAGUGAAUGUAAAAUAUCUUGCAGUGUUAAAUCUUUGUAUGGCUUUUUUUAUAUUUCCCAUAUGCUGUGUUUAACAGUAAUGUAGCAGACUUGGUCCCUGCUCCUUGAGGGUCAUUUUGAUAAGUGACAAUUUCCCUCUUCAAUUCUAGUAAUCAUCACUGAAAAUUCAGAAUCUUCAAUGGUUUGAAAUAAAGGCCUUGUUGGAGGGGCUGGAAGGUGACUCAGAGCAAGGGAUUUUAAAGGAGAACUUUCUAUAUGUAACUGUCUGGCUUUUAGUCUCUCUGAAGAGAGAAAGCACUGAGAUUUUUGUGAGCCAGGCAGGACCUCCCCUGCAAUCAGCCACUGCUUUGAGUGUAAAGUUUUCCAGCCAAGAGAUGAAAUGGAUCGUGGGGGAAGGAAACCCACAGCGUUUCUUUUUAGGUCUUUGUGUUGCUUCCUGGGUUUGAAGGUUAAAAGCUGAAAAAUUUGGAUUUCUGAAUCUGAAAAGUAUGUGUUUUUCACGGAUUUUGGUUCCUGGAAAAUGGAGCUGUUCAAACAAUGCCUGGUUGUAGAAUUUGUAGAGUAGAUCUUGCAGAAAUAAAUUUCUACCUCCAUCAUGAGAUGUAUUUUAUUUUUUGCUUUAUGAGAAAACUGUUGUGGCUAAGUGGAAUACACUUCACUCUCAAGAGAGAACCACCAAUAUUUUAUUGAGUAAAAAGAACAAUUUGAUAAAGUUCACUCAAUGUGAUAGAAUUUAAUAAAGUUUUAGCAGUGAUUUACCAAGGUUCAAUAAGUUUGAUGGCAAAGUUCACCUUAUGCAUGGAAGAAACACACAAAAAAAACCUGAGUUAAAAUCAAAUUAGUGAUACACAAAGGGUAAGGAAGACCCUCCAGGUGGCUCCUGAGGUUCAGAGAGGACUCUGGGUGCAGCUGGAUCCAGGCUUAGUGACUGAUCAGGUUUGUUCUCUUCAUUUUAUGUAUGUGAAGUUCAUCAUUAAUACCGAGCACCCCCAUGAAUCAGAGGUAUUUAAUCAGUAUUAAUUCAGCUCUCAGUCACUUAUCAAGGAGCUGCUGUGAGUGAGGGAUGCCUUGCCCUGGGGGAGGCUGGGGCUGAGGAAAGGGAUCCUGUGCUGCAGGUUUAUGAAAGGCUUCAGUCUUGGGAAGGCAGAGCUGAGAAAGUACAAGGAUGUAACAAGUCAGAAGUUAGGCAAGGUGCCGACUGCCAGCAAAGCAGGAUGUGAGAUUAGGGGACAGCCAUGAGAACGUACACUGCUUUUGUCUGAGUAGCAAUAAUGUACCUUUAUAAUGAGAACAACAUGACAGCUUCCCUAUAAAUGUACAUUUCAAAGCAAUAAAGUGGAUUGGACUUGCA